GCAGACAAUAAAGAAGACCUAAUUGAAGACGCUGUCACUCCCUCUACCGUCUCAUGGUCAAAAGCAUAAUUACCGUCGCCUCUUUCCUCCUGACAACCCCAUUCUCCAUUCUAGAAUGACCAAGCAUAGACUUGGACUGCACACUCGGCUGUGCUUCCAUCUCUCAAGAACAAAGAGACCUUUAACUACUUCCCCUUUACCUUCGGAAGCAACAUCCCUAAUUAAUCACAAGACACUGUGCUUUUCACUUGCAGAGAAUUUAAUAGUUCGUGGGUUGUUCGAUUCAGCUCGGAAAGUGAUUCGGAGAAUCAUCAAGCAAUGCCCAUCAGUCUCUGAAGCUAUCUCUGCUGUUGAAUUUUCCAUUUCUCGUGGAGUUGAGCCUGACGCAACUAGCUAUGGUUUUCUAAUUCGGCAACUCGUGACAUCUGGGGAAACCCACAAGGCCGAGGUUGUUUAUGUAGAUUGCAUUUUGAACAGAGGUAUUGAACCGAACCAUUCUCUAUUAAAUUCCAUGGUGAUUUGUUAUUGUAAGUUGGGUAAACUGGAGGAAGCUAAGUUGCUUUUCGAUAAACUUGUGGAUAUGAAGUUGAUGCCUGGCAGUAGCACGUGUAAUGAGCUUAUUAAGGGAUUUUGUGGCCAAGAUAGAAUCUUGGAUGGAUUUGAUGUUUUUGUGGAAGCUAUUAAUGCUGAUGUAUUACUCGCUUUCAGUUGUUACAAUGAGUUAGUUGAUGGUUUGUGCUUCCGUGGGUACUUGGAUGAAGCUCUCUAUGUGUUUGAUGAAAUGUGUGAUAGAGGGGUACCGCCCACAGUUCAUUUGUUUAAAACAUUGUUUCUUUCGUUUUGUAAGAGAGGUAGAGUUGAGGAAGCGCAAUUGUUGAGCAUGGAUAUGGAGUCUUAUGGUUUUGUUUUGGAUAAAGUCAUGUACACGACUCUCAUCAAUGGCUAUUCCAAGAACCAGAAAAUGAAAACGGCUAUGAUGGUAUUUCUCAGAAUGCUCAAGUUGGGUUGUGAACCUGAUAAGUAUACUUACAACACACUGAUAAAUGGGUUUACAAACUUGGGCAUGUUCGACCAGGGUUGGGUGCUGCGUCAGCAGAUGGUUGAAUUUGGAUUAGAACCUGAUGCAGUAAGUUACCAAAUCACGAUUGUCAAGUAUUUCAAGGACCAUAACGUUGAUUUUGCAUUGAUGCUAUUAGAUGACAUCAAUCAAUGCAAUGGUUCUCCCAGUGUUCACUCUUAUACUGCUUUAAUCUCUGCACUUUAUAAAGAGAAUCAGUCAGCAAAAGUAGAUGACUUAUACAGGAAGAUGUUGUACACUGGAUUGGUUCCUGACCAUGUUCUGUUUUUUACCUUGAUCAACAAUCAUCCAAAAGGGUCAGAGAUUAGUCUAGCAUGCACAUUUUUGCGGGCUAUUGCCAAGAACGGUUGUGGUAUUGACCUCUCUUACAUCCCUAGCCCUACCAGUCGUAAAGUUACUUCAGAUAUCAUGCUUGAUAUUGAUUGUCUCUUGGGAGAAAUUGUGGCAAGAAACUUACCUCUGGCUAGUGUUGCUUUCAAUAUAUACAUGAUUGCUUUGUGUCUAGGAGGAGAACUUGAUUCUGCUCAGCUUUGCAUGGAUAAGAUGGCAAGCCUUUCUCUUCAGCCUUCGCUCUCAGCUUAUAAUUCCAUGAUCAAGUGCCUUUACCAAAUGGGACUACAUGACGAUGCCAAGUUUCUUGUUGAAGUUGUGCAAGAUCAAGGUCAUGUUCCAAAUGACGCAACAUUCUUGAUUAUGGUAAAUGAAUACUGUAAACAAGGUGACUUACAAUCAGCACUAGAAAUUCUGGACCAAAUGGAAGAGAGUGGAUUGAAACCUAGUGUUGCUAUAUAUGACUCCGUCAUUGGGUGUUUGGGUAGAAAAAAGAGAAUAGGCGAGGCCCUUGGAGUUUUCCGGAGAAUGCUCGAGGCUGGAAUUUAUCCUGAUAAAACUUUGUUUGGGACAAUGAUUAAUGCUCUAUCAAGAAAUGGGCGAGCUAUUCAGGCCCAUGAGCUCUUCAAUAAAAUGUUGGAAGAUGGCGUCCAACCAAGCCACUAUGCUUAUACUGCUCUUAUAAAUGGGCUAGUUAAAAAAAACAUGAUAGAGAAGGGUUGUGUAUACCUCGAUCGAAUGAUAGAAGAGGGUUUCAUGCCAAAUACUUUUCUUUAUAAUUCUCUUAUAAAACAAUUCUUAAGGAAAGGAGAGAUUGAAUUUACAUUUAAGUUGGUUGAUUUGAUGGAAAGAAGUGGGAUUGAGCUAGACCUGGUAACUUAUAUUACUUUGGUCAGUGGCGUUUCUAGAAAUAUUAGGUCACUUGAUGGGAAAGGGCUUGUUCCACAGAGAAGGUAUGAAGAAUCUAAGGAAAUGUUGUUCCGUCUACUUCAUCAGAGUGCUAUGUUGCCUAAGGAAACCGGUUUGAAAAUCUCAGUUAGCUCUCAGGAACAAAUAAAAUAUCUUGCACUUUGGCUGAUAAACAAAGUGAAGAACACUCCCCUCAUGCCAAAUUUGUACUUGUAUAAUGGCAUAAUUUCUGGGUUUUGCAGGUUAGAGAGUAUCGAAGAUGCAUACAAGCACCUUGAUGCAAUGCAAAAUGAAGGCAUCCAACCAAAUCAAGUUACUUUUACUAUUCUAAUUGAUGGGCAUUUACGAAGUGGUGAAAUUGAUUGUGCUGUUAGUCUUUUCAACAGAAUGAAUGCACAGGGUUGUCCUCCAGAUAACAUCGUCUACAACACUUUAAUAAGAGGUCUAUGCAGACAUGGAAGGCUCAUGGAUGCUCUAUCACUCUCAUAUACAAUGCUCAAAAAAGGAUUGGCCCCUUCUAAGGCAUCAUAUGAAAGUCUUCUCAGUUCUCUUUGUGCUAAUAAUUGGAUGAAACAAGUUAGUUGCCGCCAAAUGAAGUAGUUGAAUAAUCAAAGCAAAGCACUACGAGUUCAGAGGCAACAGAAAAAGAAGUGUUAUUCUUGGAUGAAAGAGUUGGCGUACAUUGUCACUAAAUAAAGAAUCCUCUGGAUGGUAUGUGCUUUACAAACUCAUUGUUGGAGGCCACAUAUUUGACAGAAAGCCAGAAGCAGUAUCUAGAGGCAAGUACUGAUGUCUAAGAUGACUAGGAUGUUGCUGUGGAAAGCUUUGAGGAUGGUUCGCUAACCAUUGAUAAAGAAGAUUUUUUGUUGGGAGUGUAAUAGAAUGCUGUUGUUGGCCAAGAUGAUGUUAUUGCUGACGGAAUGAAUUAUCCGGGAUAUUUCAGAGGAAUUAAGCCAUUAAUAGUAUAUGGCGACUAAGUGAAAAUUCAACAGGUUUUGUCAGAUUUGUUACUGGACAUAUUACUGUAUGCACCAUCACCUGACAGUGAAUAUCCAACUUCGAUCAAGUAUAAGCAAAUAUCUGACGAAGUAACUGUGGGGCAUAUUGAAUUCAGAUACAUUCUAUAAUUUUCUCAUCCUUUUUUGUUUAAUUUAAUUGCUCCACUGGCAGAUGAGUUAUGAUGUUGUAGGGAAGGUUAGGAUUCAGGUUAGUAUGUGUGGGAAGAAGACUAGGUACUCUUUUUUUUUUUUUCCUUUUCUUAUUUCAUUUUUUAUUUUCAUUUUAGCUUUAUGGAUUUUAUUAUUUUCUUAAUGAUUCCAUUUGUUGAAUUGGAAAAUAAGGCCAAAUAUGUGUCUGUUUAUAACAGCGAGGGUGUGAUUGACUCCAACUAUUAACUGACCGCAUUGUCAAAUUUCUACUGAAUGACUCUCAAAUUGAGAGACUUCCCAUUAAAUAGAAAGUAUACAAAUUACAUCUCUA